AUGGGUUCCUGGCGGCUGUCGUCGAAGAUGGACGCGCCGUUCGCGCGGCUCGUGGGGAUGGUCGAGGAGGUGUGGCGGCAGGAGCUCAUGGACGACGGCCUCGGGAAGCACCGCGGGGAGGCGGAGACCAAGUUCGAGUUCUUCGACUCCGCGGACCCCGAGGGCCGCCCCUCCGCGUUCGAGGAGCGCGCCAGCCCGUCCAAGGGCGCGCCGGGCUACCCGCGCUUCGUGGUGGAGAACCGCUUCUACCAGUCCGCGUCGUUCCGCAAGCUGCACAUCGAGGCGGCGUGGCGGCAGGACGGGCUGCAGGUCGCGCACAUCGUGCACUACCCGGCGCUCUCGAAGGACGUGCCCAUCCUGUGCCUGGACAUGGUGGCCUUCAACGGGACCAUCACGCUGGCCAUCAUCGACGCCGCGCCCGUCACCAUGUCGCGCUCGCUCCCGGACCUGUACCGCCAGAUGAUGGGGUCGCUGCAGGCGCGGCACAAGAUCGACAUGCAGCGCGCGCUGCCGGAGUGGGGCCGGGAGAUCUUUUCGGACCUGUGCGUCGCGGGGCGCCCCGCGGACGACGCGCAGAUCGCGGGGUUCCUGCGCUACACCGUGGACCUGGCCAAGUUCCACUGCCUGGCCGCGAAACGCGCGCCGCACCUGGCCGCGACGGACCCGCGCAUCGAGGACGCGAUGCGGGCGCAGGAGCGGUACUCGCGCAUGCAGCUCACGAACGAGAAGACGCGGCGCAUCCUGGAGGUGGCCAUGGGCGAGGAGGCCGCCGACGCCUACAUGCGCGAGGUCAUGUUCGACCACGAGUUCGCGGCGAGGGCGCGCGAGUGA